CCUUUGUUAGGAGCAACUCAGUCUAAAACCCACUCAGUUCCAGCACUUCAGCAGUUUAGAGGAAAUGUCUAGUAGGAACCCUCACGCAGAAGAAGAGUUCUCAUGUCCUGAAUGUUGCCAGAACCUCAGGGAUCCAGUGGUUCUGUCAUGUAGUCACAGAGCGUGUAGAACCUGUCUCCAGGAGUUCUGGGAUUGUAGGGGGUCUCAGGAAUGUCCAGUUUGUUGGAAAAGAUUCUCAGAAGAAGCUCUGCAGAACUCGUGUAAGGCUUUUCCAGAGAGCGCAAUUCUGGGAUCUUCAGCAGGGUCCGAGGGGGUCUGUGGUCUGGGGUCUUCAGAAGGGUCCGAGGGGGUCUGUGGUCUGCACAGCGAGAAGAUCAGUCUUUUCUGUUUGGAAGAUCAGCAGCUGGUGUGUGCCGAGUGUCCGAAUUCAGACCAACACAGAAACCACACCCUCCGUCCAACAGGGGAAGCAGCGAUUGACCUCAAGAAACAGCUGCAGGAUGCUCUGCAGGAGAACCUGGAUCUCCUAAAGACGACUAAAGAAGACUAUGGCCGAACCGCAGCCCACAUCAAGGUUCAGGCCGAUCACACCGAGCAGCAGAUAAAGCAGCAGUUCCAGAAGCUUCAGCAGUUCCUGAGAGAUGAAGAGGUAGCGAGGAUCAGAGCACUGAGGGAGGAGGAGGAGCAGAAGAGUGGGGAGGUGAAGAGGAAGAGUGAGGAGCUGGAUGGAGAGAUAUCAGCUCUGUCAGAUGUGAUCAGAACUCAGGAGGAAAAGAUCGGAGCUGAUGACGUUCAGUUCCUGCAGAACUUCCAGUCUGCAGAGAACCAAGUUCAGCCCUCGAUACCAGAAAACACAUCAGGAAAUCUGAUCAACGUCUCCCAACAUCUGUCCAACCUCAGCUUCAGAGUGUGGGAGAAAAUGCAGGAGAUAAUCCAGUACACUCCCGUCACUCUGGACCCCAACACUGCAGAAGACUCCCUCCACCUGUCUGAAGAUCUGACGGAGGUGGAGGACACGGACGGACGAGCGCCGGUUCCUCGUAAUCCUGAGAGAUUCGAUCUGUACCAGUGUGUUCUGGGUUCUGAGGGGUUUAACUCGGGGACACACUGCUGGGACGUGCAGGUGGGGGACAGUGAGGACUGGGACGUAGGCGUGGUGUCUGCGUCUGUAAGGAGGUCUGGAGACUCGUUCUGGGGGUCGGCCUGGACUCUGGGUUACGAGGAGAACAGUAACGAGUACUGCGUUCACCGUCCGGGAGAACCGGAUCACUUCUUCACCCCCGACCAGCCGGUUCAGAGCGUCCGAGUUCAGCUGGACUGGGAGGCGGGAAAACUGACCUUCACUGACCUUCAAACCAACGCUGACCUUCACUCUAUAAACCACGCCUUCACCGAGAAACUCCUGCCUCUGUUUCGCAAUUUAUCUCACGCUCCUCUGAAGAUCUUAGCGGCGCAGACGUCCGUCAGAGUGGAACAGCGGAACAGAAUCAUAUAGAUUUUUAUUAUAAUAUUUCUGUUAUAAUACCAAAUGAUAUCUCUAAUCAGUUGGCUAAAUGUAUUAUAUUAUAGUAUUAUAUUAUUCGUACUAAA